AUAUCGCUAAAGGAUUUUUAUAUCCUAGAUAUGAUGUUUGGCGUGGACUGGAAUGAUAUGCACAAGGUUAUUUUUCAGCAUAAGAAGAAAAAUGCCUACGUAUUGCUCUAUUCAGGUGUGUUACCUUGCGACGCACAAAAUGCAUUGAAGAAGGAUUUUAGAACAACGAUAUCUGAACUGGUGGACACCAAAUACCAUAGCUUUUCCGAAAACACCGAGGUAAAUAUUUUGACCAUCAAGGGAAUUAAGACUAGCGGCCGACAUCUGUCCUGCGACUUCGUCGAUGUACAUCAUGCAAAAUCAUUUCUCAGCUGUUACAAAAUGUCUCAUCGUACUGGAGGAAGUACUGUUGGGGUUGAGCCAUCUCCUGAUGAAGUCUAGAAUGGACAAUGUUUCAUCGUAGAUCA